AUGGCUCUCGUCACCGACCUCUCAUCCCAUCUCGCCCUGAUCACCGGCGCCACAGGAGGUAUCGGACACGCGACAUCCCUAGCCCUGGCCCGCCUCGGCUGCUCCAUCGCCGUGCACUACCACAGCGCAUCCGAGACGGCGUCAUCGCUCGUGUCGACGCUGCAGUCCAUGGGCGUGCGGGCGGCAGCGUUCCGCGCAGACCUGAGUUCCUACAGCGAGACACGCGAGCUGCAUGCCGCCGUGGUGCGCGACCUAGGCCAUCCCACCAUCUUGUUCAACAAUGCCGGCACCACUCUGGGCAAAAGCGGCGUCAAGGACAUUGGCGAUGUCAGUGUCGAAGAGUUCGAGGCCACGUGGAGAGCGAACUGCGGCACGGCUUUCCUGCUCACUCAGUUGUGUUUGCCUGCGAUGCUGGAGAGCGGGUGGGGGAGGGUCAUUUUCUGUUCCAGUGUUGCUGGGUUCACGGGCGGCGUGGUCGGACCGCAUUAUGCGUCCUCCAAAUCCGCCAUGCACGGUCUGGUGCACUGGUUGGCAAAUGCCUAUAGUAAGAAGGGCAUCACUGUUAACGGCAUCGCGCCCGCCUUGAUCGAAGAUACGAAGAUGUUGCCUCACGCUCCGGAGCUAGCUGCCAAAAUCCCGAUCGGGAGGCUGGGGAAGCCUGAAGAGAUUGCCGAGACUGUCGUAUGGAUGGUCAAGACCGGCUAUGUGAACAAUAAGGUCAUCGGCGUCGAUGGAGGAUUGUUCAUCCAAUGA